CCAGCGCUCUCUGUGUCUUUCCCUGUAUACAGCACGUCCUCUCGAAAGCUCAAGCAGCAGCCUCCUUUUGAUCACCACACGCCCCUUCUUUGAAUCACCUGCACCAUGAAGUACUCUUUGAUUGCUCCUCUCCUUGCCAGCGCCUUCAUUGGCUCUGUCUCGGCGCACACCCGUGUCUUCUCCCUUUGGGUCGACGGUGUUGACCAGGGUGAGGGUGGAGGCGUCUACAUCCGCCAGCCCCCUAGCAACAGCCCGGUCAAGGACUUGACCAGCGCUGAUGUUGCCUGCAAUGUCAACAACGUUGCGGUCCCCCAGAAGGUUUCUGUGAACGCCGGCUCUACCGUCAGCACUGAGUGGUUCCACAACACUCGUGGCGACGACAUCAUCGACGCCUCGCACAAGGGCCCCAUCGUCGCCUACCUCGCGCCGCUCGAGUCCAACGGCGAGGGCAACGUGUGGGUCAAGAUCGGCGAGAUGGGCUACGAGAACGGCCAGUGGGCGGUCGAGAAGCUCAUCGCCGACGGCGGCAAGUUCGACUUCACGAUCCCCUCCUCGGUUGCGCCCGGCGACUACCUCUUCCGCGCGGAGAUCCUCGCGCUGCACGAGGCGGACGGGCUCGCGUCGAACUCGGCGCGCGGCAUCCAGCUGUACCCGAGCUGCUCGCAGAUCACGGUCGCGACCGGCGGCGACACGGCGCUCCCCGCGGGCGUCGCGUUCCCAGGCGCGUACACGGACACGACGCCGGGCAUCCAGUUCAACAUCUACGGCACGGACGCGUCGACGUACGUGAUCCCGGGCCCGGCGGUGUGGGACGGGUCGGCGAGCUAUGACACCGCGCAGGAGGGCAGCUCCUCGGGUGGUGCGGCGACCUCGGCCGCUGCGUCCACAUCUGCUGCUGCGACGUCUGCCGCUGCCUCGACUUCCGCGGCUGCCCCUGCCACUUCCGCCGUCCAGUCGUCCGCCCCUGCCGCUUCCUCCGCCCCUGCCACCUCGGCCGCCGCCUCCUCCACCCCGGCCGCGCCCUCGUCCAGCGCCGCCCCCGAGGAGCCGUCCACCAGCGCCGCCGCUACCUCCGCAGCGCCCACGACCUCCGCCGCCGCCUCGACGUCCGCUGCCGCCACUUCCGCCCCCGCCGCGACGACCUCCGCCGCGACCGGCGACGCGAACGUCUGCAUGAACGAGUACAACCAAUGCAUCGCCAAGUCGCAGCCGAACCCCGACUGGACCGGCUGCGGCGCGACGCGCGACACCUGCCUGAGCACCGCUCGGUACAACACGAACAUGGCCGCCCGCGCCAAGCGCGACGGCAAGUUCGGGCGUCUUCUGCUGUAAACGAUCCCCAGCUAGCUACGGGAU